CCCGGUGUGGGCGAUGUCUGCCAGGAAGGCGUGUUACUUGCAGCUUGCGCGUGCGCAACGCUUGCGUCUCGGCGCGCGCGCCCCUUGGCUCGCGAGGCCAUCGGGAGCAAGGCAGCGCAGGCGCAGUGUCCCCGGGCCAAGAUGGCGGCGCAGUGGUCUACACGCUGGUUGCUGGUGGCAGUGGGGACCCCCCGGCUGCCGGCUGCAGCGGGGAAAGGGGCCCGGCUGCUCAGGGAGCGCGUGGUGGGGGCGUCCCUGGUCCGUAAGCUGAGCGUCACUGCCUUCGCGCCUUCCCUGGGCGCUCGUGGACCUCGGGCGCUGCUGACAUUGAGACCCAGCGUCAGCCUCGCAGGAACAAAAAGUUACCCUUUUAUUUGUACUGCCUUCAUCCACACGAGUGCCCCUUUGGCUAAAGAAGAUUAUUACCAGGUCUUAGGAGUGCCCCGAAAUGCCAGCCAGAAAGAAAUAAAGAAAGCCUAUUACCAGGUUUUGAGUGAUGAAGUAAAGAGGAAGCAGUAUGAUGCCUACGGCUCUGCUGGCUUUGAUCCUGGGGCCAGCAGCUCUGGGCAGAGCUACUGGAGGGGAGGCCCCACUGUUGACCCUGAGGAGCUGUUUAGGAAGAUCUUCGGGGAGUUCUCAUCAUCUUCUUUUGGAGAUUUCCAGGGUGUAUUUGAUCAGCCUCAGGAAUACGUCAUGGAAUUGACAUUCAAUCAAGCUGCUAAGGGGGUCAACAAGGAGUUCACUGUGAACAUCAUGGAUACCUGUGAGCGCUGUGAUGGCAAGGGGAAUGAACCUGGCACCAAAGUACAGCAUUGCCACUACUGCGGCGGCUCUGGCAUGGAAACCAUCAAUACUGGCCCUUUUGUGAUGCGUUCCACGUGUCGGAGAUGUGGUGGCCGUGGCUCCAUCAUUAUAUCUCCCUGUGUGGUCUGCAGGGGAGCAGGACAAGCCAAGCAGAAGAAGCGAGUAGUGAUCCCUGUGCCUGCAGGAGUCGAGGAUGGCCAGACUGUGAGGAUGCCUGUAGGAAAAAGAGAAAUUUUCAUCACAUUCAGGGUGCAGAAAAGCCCUGUGUUCCGGAGGGACGGUGCAGACAUCCACUCUGACCUCUUUAUUUCUAUAGCUCAGGCUAUUCUUGGGGGCACAGCCAGAGCCCAGGGCCUGUACGAGACAAUCAAUGUGACGAUCCCCCCUGGGAUUCAGACAGAUCAGAGGAUUCGGAUAAGUGGGAAAGGCAUCCCCCGGAUUAAUAGCUAUGGCUAUGGAGACCACUACAUCCACAUCAAAAUAAGAGUUCCAAAGAGGCUAACAAGCCGACAGCAGAGCCUGAUUCUGAGCUAUGCUGAGGAUGAGACGGACGUGGAGGGGACAGUGAAUGGCGUCACCCUCACCAGCUCUGGUGGCAGCACCACGGAUAGCUCCGCAGGAAGCAAGGCUAGGCGUGAGGCUGGGGAGGACAAGGAGGGAUUCCUUUCCAAACUUAAGAAAAUGUUUACCUCCUGAUCUCCCAGCCGAGGAAAACGAUCCACUGGAAACUAGGCCCAGAAGCAGCAGCCCCUCCUCAUGGCCAGGGGACCUGGGAGACAGGAAGAUUCCAGAACAGCAGCACUGGCUCCCACUUACAGAGCCUCUGGAUUACCUGGUUAACAGCAAAAUUGGCUGACAACACAUCUCUCUCCCUGGAAAGGUCACAGUGGAUGGCCCCUGGUCAGUAAGGUGUAGUACCCUGGGGCUGGUAAAAGUUUCCUGUCCUCGGGUAUGUGACUCAGCCUCUUCAGGCUCAGGCAGACUAAGACAGUUGGACUGUUAAAGCGCUAAAAGUCUAAUUUGGAAUCGAAUGUGAUGAAGAUCUUAGUUAAAGAAUUAAAGGCCAUGCUUACAGUUUAAAAAUGAAGCCUUAAGCUGCACCAAGUUGUGAAGCAAUUACUUUCCCUCACAGCAAAGCUCCUGGAGGCUUCAGGAUGAGCCUUCCCUGAUAGGCUGUCUUCACCCAGAGCCCAGGGACCCAGACCCUCCUGCCCCAUCCUCUACCAACAGGUUCUGCUGAGGCAUCAGUUGCUCUGCUUGGAGUUUGUUUUUAAUUCCCAAAGGUACCAGGCAUUUGCACAGUGGGUGUUCAGGGGCCUGGGGACACAUAUGAGGGCCGUGAGGGUCCCUGGAGGUUCUGCUCCUGACCACAGGGUUGGUGGCUGAUCCUUGUCAGGACAGUAGUCCUCCCUUUUGCCCCACCCAGGAUGGCACUUGUCCCAGGUAUAUUGGGGCUUCUGUCCUCCCUUCUAAGCCACAGCUGCACGUCACUGUGCUGGGCAGAUUCCACCUGCCUUGGGUACUUAGAGCCCUGUAACUGCUGCCAGCUGGGGGCUUGGUUCUGCUACUACACUGCUGACAUCUAUUUUCCAAAGUGUGUUUAGAUUAUUCAGUGCUAAUCAUUGUCUUUUCCUGUGUAAGUGUUUGUUCAGAAAAGGAACGCACAGUCUAAGCAGCUGAAGGUUCCCUACCAUUCAGUCAAAGUAAGACAUCAAUUCCCCAGCCUCUGAUGGUAGCAUGUUGCAGUUUCUUUGUGUUUCAGGAUCCUUGAGCUAUUUUAAGACAGGUUAAUGAAGAACAUUUCUCAAGUUUCCUCUUUAUUUUCCUUUAUAAUUCACUAAAAUAAAGCUUCUAUUAGUGUCUGAUUUAAGAAUGUAAAAUGAUUCUAUAUUAAUGUAAAUAAGAUUAUCUACUGCAAAAAGAUAUUUAAAACCUAAA